UGCCAUCAGACGCAAUGGUGAGCCAAACAUCUUUUUCCGGUCUUUUUUUCCCCUCAACGUUUCCAAAUAAACCACGUCCAGACACAGCGUGUGAUUCUCGGCGAGGUUACUCUCUUAAACCCCCAAAACGAUGCUGAAGUUUGCGUUAUUGUCGUGUUGGGUGUGUUUGGUGGUGGGCAGCACGGUGAACAGAAGGGGACAUGGGGACAUCGGCGAGACCCUGGAUGCGCAUGUAGCGCAGGGACAGACCACUUUAAACGAGAUGUUCAGAGAGGUGGAAAAACUGAUGGAGGACACAAAACACAAACUCGAGGAGGCUGUGCAUCAGAUGGAGAACGAGUCUUCAAAGUCGCUGUUACAUGGACGCGACUUGCCGGCCAAUUUUCACAAUGAAACAACAACAGAGAUUAAAAUGGGAAAUCGGACAAUUCAACUGAUAGAGAAGAUCGACAAGGAAACUGACAAUAAGACUGGGAAAACUCAAUUUUCCAGAACUCUUAUUCAAAGCCCUGUUCGAUGGAAUGAAGUCGAUCAUGAGUGCAUGAUUGAUGAGGAUUGUGAGGAGGGAAGCUACUGUCUUUACGAGAUCAUCACCUCGAAAUGUGUCCCUUGCCAGACAGCUAAUAUGGAGUGCAUAAAAGAUGAGGAGUGUUGCGGCGAGCAGCUGUGUGUAUGGGGUGUUUGUGCUCACAACCGAUCCAAAGGACAAUCCGGAACCAUCUGUCAGUACCAGAGUGACUGUAGUCCUCAACAUUGCUGUGCCUUUCACAAAGCGCUGCUCUUCCCCGUGUGUCGGCCCAAGCCACAGGAAGGUCAGGGCUGUCACGAUCACCUAAACCAGCUCAUGGAUCUCUUACUGUGGGACGAGGAAGGGCCGCGCGAGUUCUGCCCGUGUGUUGGAGGUCUAAACUGUCAGUCUCUCGGGAAAAAAUCAGUGUGUGUGGAUGAGAGGAAUUCCUCUGGUGAAGGGAUUUUUGACUGAACGCUUUGAAAGAAACUGAACAUUAUCAGUGGUGCAUUAUUAUGCUCGGCAUUUAGUUUAUAUUAUUACUUUUUUAUUGUAAUUUGUAAUAAUUAUUUGUAAUUUGCUUGCCACCAAAGUUAAAAGAAUUACAACUCUUUCCAAACACCACCACCAAGAAGAGCAAUUUUGAAACAGACACUGUGUUUUGAUCUUUUUAUGGUGUAUGAAUUGCUUAGUUCUAGUCUUGUUUGUGUAUUAAACUGUAUUCAAAUAUUGAAGCACUUUCUUAUGUCAGUAUACAUUGUUAGUUGAUGACAGAUGUUCCUAUUGUUGUGGAUCUUGCUGAUCUUUCUGGAAAAAGCGUAUGCAUAUUUUUGUAGCUUCUGAAGUGUUAAUAUUUCCACAAAUAAAUAAUAAAUCGAUUGUUAUUAUUUA